ACGAAGAAUUCGAAUGCCAUGAUGUGUGCUCUGCAGCUGCUCUUCCUCAUCCUUGCUGCUACGGCAUCGAUUAAUGCAGUCACAUACGAUGUCACCGUACCAACAGAGUGGUGGCAAGAAAACGUUCUUUACCAAUUGUGGGUCAAAUCCUUCAAGGACAGUGAUGGCGAUGGAAAAGGAGAUUUGAAUGGUAUCAAGAGUAAAUUGAGUCACUUUGUCGACCUGGGCGUGACGUGCAUCUGGCUUUCGCCCAUAUACGAGAGUCCCAUGGUUGACAGUGGCUACGACAUUUCCAAUUACACUUCCGUGGGCACAAAUUUUGGUACGCUUGACGAUUUCGAUGCAUUGAUAGCUGCCGCCCACGAAUUGGGACUCAAGGUGAUCGUUGACUUUGUUCCCAAUCACACGAGUGAAGAACACGAAUGGUUUGUCAAAGCAAAGCAGGGCAUCGAACCAUACUACAGUUACUACGUCUGGAACAAAGGUGUUUAUUACGGCGACUAUCUUAGCUAUCCAAAUAAUUGGUUGGACAUCUUCAACGAAGGCACCGUUUGGGAAUGGGUCGAGGAACGCGAAGCUUAUUACCUUCACCAGUUCGGCGUGCACCAACCUGAUCUCAACUGGACCAACCCUUUGGUAAUGGCGGAAAUAAAGAACGUUUUAACGUUCUGGCUUGAUCGUGGUGUAGACGGCUUCCGUAUCGACGCUGUGCCGUACUUUGUAGAGUCUUCGACUCUGAAGAACGAAAGUAGGUCCAACGUAGAUGUCGAUUCAACCAAUUAUUUAUAUUUGAACCACACUCAAACGAAGGAUCAACCAGAAAAUUAUCCUAUCGUAAAAGAGUGGAAGGAACACAUAAACAAUUACGCGGCCGCAAAGGGUAACGACGAAGUGCGGUUCAUCUGCACAGAAGCAGUCUCGGACAUUGAGUACGUUAUGAAAUGGUAUGACUACGGUGAUGACGUCCCAUUCAACUUUUUCUUCAUCAGAAACGGAGAUAUCGCCAUCAACGUUGUUUUAGAUACAGCGCAGGACAUCUACAACAUAUUCGUCAAAUGGUUGGAUCAUAUGCCAUCGGAUAAAACAGCUAAUUGGUUGCUGGGAAAUCACGACAUAAAUCGAAUAGCCUCACGGGUUGGACUGUACCGAACUGAUGGACUUCACUUCAUCUCACUUUUGCUGCCUGGUGUUUUUACAAUGUACAAUGGCGAUGAGCUCGGCAUGACUGACACAUAUCUCACGUGGGAAGAAACUACCGAUGUUCGAGCUUGCAGCACGACUAAUACAACUUACACUCUGUACUCACGAGAUCCCGCGCGCACACCUUUCCAAUGGGAUAACACCACUUCUGCCGGUUUCUCCACAAACUCUACUACCUACCUCAAGGUCAAUCCGAACUACGUGACGGUAAACCUUGCCGCUGAAAAAGAGGCCGAUUUCAGCCAUUAUAAAAAUAUACAAAAAGCUAUUCGUCUGCGUGACACCACCGUAUGGCGAGAGGGAACAGUAGACAUCGAAGUUAUUGAUGAUCAGAUCGUAGCUAUGGCUAGGCAACUUGAUGGUGAGGAUCCGAUAGUUGUCUUGAUGAACUGGGAGAAUUCCACUACGACGAUCGACUUGGAUGAUUACUUUGAAAAUCUGCCCGACACUCUGGAACUUGUUAUAGCUGAUAUGUACUCCGGAUUGAACGAUAACGUUGGAGAUACGUACGAUAAGUCGAGUUUGGAAAUUCCCGAACAUGGCUCAAUGGUGCUCCUGGGUGUAUGUUCUCAAAACCACCACUGAAUUAAUCCGUAACAUUUUGGCAGUGCAACAAAUGGG